AUGGCAUCACAAGAAAGUUUAACUGAAGAACAAAUUGCUGAAUUCAAAGAAGCAUUCUCUUUAUUCGAUAAAGAUGGUGAUGGUUCAAUUACCACCAAAGAAUUAGGUACUGUUAUGAGAUCAUUAGGUCAAAACCCAACUGAAGCUGAAUUACAAGAUAUGAUCAAUGAAGUUGACGCUGAUGGUAAUGGUAACAUUGAUUUCCCAGAAUUUUUAACCAUGAUGGCUCGUAAAAUGCAAGACACUGAUACUGAAGAAGAAAUCCGUGAAGCAUUCAAAGUUUUCGAUAAAGACGGUAACGGUUACAUCUCAGCUGCUGAACUUAGACACGUUAUGACCAGUCUUGGUGAAAAACUUACCAACGAAGAAGUUGAUGAAAUGAUUAGAGAAGCUGAUUUGGAUGGCGAUGGUCAAGUUAACUAUGACGAAUUUGUUAAAAUGAUGAUUGUUAGAAAUUAA